AUGAGCAUUACUAGGCUGUUGCGGAAAGAGACUUGGACCAAACACAGUGACAAAGCAGAGCCCCGCAGUACUAAAAAUCUGUGGUUACAGAUGAGGACAACUCAGAAACAUGUCUUUGAAAAGCAUGGCGACAACUACAACUGGUUUGCACGUCCCACUACAUUUGCUGUCAUUGGCAAUUCAGUGUACCUGUUGUUUACUAGGGCUUUAUCACAACCUUUCUAUCUGGGCCACACUAUACAUGGCAACCUCCCAUACCUGACCUUGGAAAGAGAAAUGGUCAAGUAUAGAGUCUGAAAUACAGCCUUCUCUGCCAAGUCUGAGAAGCGUGCAGAUCGAAGUGUGAUUUGGAAGUUACCUGAAGACCUUCAGCCAGCAACUGGCCUCAAAUAAGCUGGAGUUCUUGCAGAGAAUGCAGAGGAUUCUGAAGGAAGAGUUGUAUUUAAUUCAAAACCAUUUGCACAUCUUAUUCAAGAGACAAUGUGUAAUAAUCCUCAGCAAGUAGGAGAAGGCUGCUGUUCAGGUAUGGCUAUUACUUUUAAUGGACCAACUCCCAGAAAGAUGAUAGUAAUGAUUGCACUGGCUCAGGGCAUUCAUUAUUUCAACAGUACACUGAUUUUCUUACCUCCAAAUGGUUCAGAAAAUGACUGA